UUACGACAGCUGUUAGAAAUAGUCAAAUAACAUGUAGCUGUCCUCGUGAAUCCAGCAUUUCCCCCCAAUUUUCAAACACUCUAUGUAUCGUAUACAAAUUAAACAAUUCGGCGUUCACGAGGAUAGACAUGUUAUUUUCCUAUUUCCAACAGCUUCCGUAACUACGAUGACAACAGACGCGCUGAAAGUCGCCAGGUAACAUGGCCGCUUGUUAAGUCGUAACACCGGGAAAUUAGCUAACCUAUCGGUAAGUGUGAACGUGCAAGAAGUUUCAACAUUCAGAGGAUCUGUUUGAGUUUAAUCGGCAACGUCAGAUGAACCACCAUUGCCAACAUUUAAAGGGAAUAUAAGUUGCUGAUAUUCUUCCCACAGUAGCGAUACAUUGCUGUUAAUGUGUCUCCGGGUGGUGCAACUCUGUAUCAGCUAACUAGAACAAGUUGUUCUCAUUUGAUUUCACCAUGGACGCGUUUGUCAAAUUCACGAGCCAAAGCCAAGGAAGGGAACGUAUUUUCCGGGCAACCCAAUAUGCAUCUGCACUUGCGAUAUAUUUACUACGAAACCACUCAGAAAGAAAGGACCUUGUGGCCAAACUUAAAAGUCUGGAAACCAACAUGAGCGCUGGAAGAAAACUGUUCAGGCUUGGAAACGCAGUAAAUUCCAUUGAGGCUUCUAAGCGAACCAUGCGACUCUCUGACCGAGUGCUCGCCCUGUGCCUCACUGUGGCCAACAUCAACCGCGCCCUCUACUUUAUCUGUGACAAUGUCCUUUGGGCCAGAAGCGUCGGUCUCAUCCGUGAUCUCGACAAGGAACGCUGGAGCCGAAAUUCCUCUCGCUGUUACCUCCUCUCGCUAGUUAUGAGUCUGACCAGAGACGUGUAUGUCGUCGUCCAGUUAAUGACGCGCAGGUCAAGAGAUGCACACUUUAGACAGAAAAUGGAGGCGCAUCUCAGUGAAAGUCCUGAAGUAGCUGAAGCUGUCGUUCCUCACUUGGAUGCGUUUAUCUUUCUGCUGUUUGAGAGCUUCAAAUCGCAUCCUGCUGUCGCCUUGGACAUGCUGAAAAAUAUAUGUGACCUCUUCAUUCCCCUCAACACGUUGGGAAUAUACCAGUCCAAUGCAGGAGUGGUGGGAUUGUGUGGGUUGAUGUCCUCAGUGAUUGGGAUUGUAACCCUGGUGCAGCCCAAGUUGACACUUAAACCAUGAUAACAAGGGGGAAACUAAACCUUGCUGAUUAACUCCAGAUAAAGUGUUGUCGUAUUCAAAAGAAAUUAGUGUCCUUUCAACAUGGUGCACAAUGAGAUUAGGUGGAUUUGAUUGUUUUGAAACAGAUUUUUCGAUUGAUUGAACUGAUUAUGUCAUAGUUUUGAGACGCACUGAUUGAACAUGAAUUGGUCAGUUAAAGUUAAAACACUGGUUGAAAAGGGAGCAAAUCAAGGUUACAUAGCCUUGUUAAAGUUUUGUAAUUUAAAAGUUUUAACUACUUUACUUAAGAUAAGGGCUCCUUACUGAUGCACGCCGUUAUUGUAUUUGCCUUUUGUCCAUCUCUUAGAGAAAGUAAUUAUAUAAUUGCGUUGCAUUCUUUCACUGCGCUCUGUUUUGUGAUAAGAUGCUGUUUUACCUCAACGAUCCAAGUGAUGAACAAGCUGCUUCUCAGAGGGAAAAAGCAGCAGGGAGAUUUUUUGGGAAGAGCAUUUUGACGAAUCAUUGUUGGUAAAAUGCACAUGUCACUAAGGAAACAGUCAAUGGCUCUGGUCUAUCGAAGUGUCCCAGUAAGAGUGACUGUGUGCCAGCAUGCACUAUGAGCCUGACAUCCAGACUGCUCAAUGAAAUCUAGCCAUCAUUCAUUUCUUUAUUUACACAUGUGCUUUUCCUACUGUGACAAAUUAAAACGUUCUGUGUGGCAAAGGGC